ACCCCACCGUCCCUCCAGAUGUGGAAAGCCUCGGCCGGCCACGCGGUGCCCGUCGCCCAGGACGACGGGGGAGCCGACGAUUGGGAGACGGACCCUGACUUCGAGAAUGACGUGAGCGAGAAGGAGCAACGCUGGGGCGCCAAGACCGUGCAGGGCUCCGGGCACCAGGAGCACAUCAACAUUCACCAGCUGAGGGAGAACGUGUUUCAGGAGCACCAGACACUCAAGGAGAAGGAGCUGGAGGCCGGGCCCAAGGCCUCACACGGCUACGGCGGCAAGUUCGGCGUGGAGCAGGACAGGAUGGACAAGUCCGCCGUGGGCCACGAGUACCAGGCGAAGCUCGCUAAGCACUGCUCGCAGGUUGACUCUGUUCGCGGCUUCGGGGGCAAGUUCGGGGUCCAGGUGGACCGUGUGGACCAGUCCGCCGUGGGCUUCGAGUACCAGGGCAAGACCGAGAAGCACGCCUCCCAGAAAGACUACUCGAGCGGCUUCGGUGGCAAGUACGGCGUGCAGGCCGACCGUGUGGACAAGAGCGCCGUGGGCUUCGACUACCAGGGCCGCACGGAGAAGCACGAGUCCCAGAGAGAUUACUCCAAGGGCUUCGGCGGCAGGUACGGCGUCGACAAGGACAAGGUGGACAGGAGCGCCGUGGGCUUCGAGUACCAGGGCAAGACGGAGAAGCAUGAGUCCCAGAAGGACUACGUGAAAGGCUUCGGGGGCAAGUUUGGUGUGCAGACGGACAGACAGGACAAGUGUGCGCUGGGCUGGGACCACCAGGAGCAGCUGCAGUUACACGAGUCCCAGAGAGACUACGCCAAGGGCUUCGGAGGCAAGUACGGGGUGCAGCAGGACCGCAUGGACAAGAACGCGUCCACCUUCGAGGACGUGACCGCGGUGUCGUCCGUCUACCAGAAGACGGUCCCCGUGGAGGCAGCCGGCAGCAACACCAGCACCAUCAGAGCCAACUUCGAGAACCUGGCGAAGGAGCGUGAGCAGGAGGACCGGCGGCAGGCGGAGGCUGAGCGGGCCCAGCGUGUGGCCAGGGAGCGCCAGGAGCAAGACGCCGCCCGGCGGCAGCUGGCCGAGCAGGCGCUCGCCCAGAAGCAGAGCCCCCCCGCGUCCCCCACACCCCAGCCGGCUCAGGAGAGGCCCGCCAGCCCCGUGUACGAGGACGCGGUGCCCUUCAAGGCCGAAGCCGGUCACGGCGGGGAUGGCAGGGCAGAGCCGGAGCCAGUGUAUGGCGAGGAGGCCGCGGAGUAUGCUGAAGGCGGCCCGCAGGGCCCGGGGUUCACGCCCGAGGCUGUGUACGAGAGCGCCGAGGCGCCCGGCCUCUACCCUGCAGGGAACACCUACGAUGAGUACGAGACGGCUUUGGGCAUCACAGCCAUCGCUCUGUACGACUACCAGGCUGCGGGCGACGACGAGAUCUCCUUCGACCCGGACGACGUCGUCACCAACAUCGAGAUGGUCGACGACGGCUGGUGGCGGGGGCUGUGCCGGGGCCGCUUCGGCCUCUUCCCCGCCAACUACGUGGAGCUGCGGCAGUAGGCGGGCCCCGGGCGGCCGUGUGGGUGCUGCCCGCCCCGCAGAGCCCGGCCGUCGCCUCCCGGUUCUCCUCCACGCACGCCGGUGACGCUGCCCCCAGACGGGCGUCCGCGACAAGAGGCUGGGGGCCGGCCAGGGCGGGUCUGGAAGGUUCCGGAGCUUCUGACCGAGACGGAGCUUGCUGCCCCCGGCGCUGCCCUCAGCCGACACCCCGCCCGGCCCCCUUCACCGCCGCCCUUGCUCCCGCCUGCCCAGCCGCGUCCCCCGCCCAGACUGUCCCGCUGUCCCCGACUCGCCCAGAGAGGCCGCCUGCCGCUGGCGAUGCUUCCGGGGGUCUGCCACGUGACCCGCUGACACCGGGGUGCCUGUGCCGCUUGCGCUGGAGCCCCUGGGCCGUGGCUGCUGUGGCCGGGACGGCCCUGGCCCCGCGUCCUCUGGAGGCCGCCCUGGUGAUGCCCGUACCCCCACACAGCGGGCGGGGUUUUACCCGCAGUGGCCGCGCCGGGUCUGUGCACCUCGCAGGGUUUUUUAAAUUAAGUCCUCCAAAUAAACCUCUUUGAUCCACA